AAUUAGUCAUUUAAUAAUGAUAAUAUAUUAUGUUUGGUAAUUAAAUUAUUCAUACAAUCAAAGGGUUGUUUUCCUAUGAGAUGAAAUCUAAAAAGAAAAAUACAAAGAUGACGGUUAAAAUAGCGAGAAAAUGUGCACGUGUGUUAUCUAAACAAAAUUUAUCUGUAAUAAAAAAGGCCAAUAAGAAAACAGAAAUUAAUAAAAAAUCCACAAGCGAUAAAGCUUUACUAAUUGCUCAAGAAGUAAAAUUUGCUAGAUUACUAGCGAAUAAUAAUAAAAAAGUUAGAGACAAAGUUUUAAAGAAUCUAAAAAAAUGGUUGAUGAUGCGUUCUCAAAGUUCAUUUGCUUUUACAGAUUCAGACUUCCUGAGACUUUGGAAGGGCUUAUUUUAUUGCAUGUGGCUGUCAGAUAAGCCUUUAGUGCAAGAAGAACUUGCAGAGUCUCUCAGCAAAAUAGUACAUUGUUUUAAUUCAAUGGAUACUGCGCUACUUUAUACAAAAUGUACCUUUAAAUGUUUUGCUACUGAAUGGUUCGGAAUAGAUAGAUAUAGAAUUGAUAAAUUUGAAAUGCUAGUAAAAAGAAUUUUACGACAAACAUUUGAAAUGUGUAAAAAGGAAUCUUGGAAUAAGGAAUGGGUUGUUGGCGUAGCAACAAUAAUUGAAGAAAUUUUAUUAGAUCCAAAAACUUGUUUGGGACUUAAUUUUCAUAUUACUGAAGUUUACAUGGAAGAAUUAGCGAAAAUAAGUAGAGGCAAAAUUGAAAAAAGUAUUGUUACAGAUUUUAUUAAGCCUUUUGUUAUUAACUUAACUUGUACAGAUGACCAAAGACAAAUCAAACAUAUUGUAACAAAUAUAUUUAGGUAUUUAAUUUUUCAAUCAGAUAUUGGAUUGGAUUAUGCAGAAAAAUUUAAUGCUUGGAAACAGGUUGGAUUUCCAUGUAAAAGCAUUGAUGAAAUGCAAAAGGUAGAAUUUUCAGAUUAUACAAGUAAUUGUGAUAAUGCUGAUGAAGAAGAUAGUGAAGAUAUAAAAGCAACAAAUAUGCCAUUAGAUCCAAGAGCAGGGAGAGUAAAUGUUGAAAUACCACAAUUACCUUUUAAUCCAACCGAAAUAGUGUCUUUACUAAAAGAAUAUAAAUUUCAUAAAUUAUCUACUACAAAAAGUCGUAAAAUUAUAAAUCAAUUAAUUAAUGAAUUUACCAAACUCAGUGAAGGUGAUAUGCCACUUGGCAUUAAAGAAAUUCCAAUACCAGAACAUACUAACAUAAAUUCUUAUGUAGCUGCAAAAAAUUUAUUAAAUUUUGAACAAGAUCUUUAUGUAGAUUCAAAUAAAAACAGUCGUAAAAAAAAAAGGAAAAGUGUUGUAGUAAAAUACAAUGAAAACUUUGAUAAUAUUGAAGAGUUAAUUGUACCUGAAGAUGUUCAAUAUACUUCUUUGAUGUGUUCAAAUAAUAAAAAACUAAAAUUAGCUAAUAGUCAAAGUCAGAAUAUGAAUCAUAUGAGUAAAGAUGAUAAAUCAAUUAAGCAAAAUAAUAAGCUGCAAUUGCCAGUGAAAAAAAAAUCAAAUAAAUUUGAUCGUUCUGAAUCACUUAUAAAUAACAAAUUUAAAAAGUCUUUUAAAACAUUUUCAACGUGCAUAGAGGAAUAUAAAAUAACAGGUGCUGACAAUUUAAGUGCUAAUAAAGGUAGCACAAGCUGCAAUUGGAAUGUGAAUCCAACACCAACAAGUUUCACUCCAACUACAUUUAAUAAAGUAUUAGAAAAAAAGAGAACUACAAAAAAAGGGAUAGCAGAAAACAAGGUAGAUACUAAAUUAGUAAGCCCUAGUACACCAUGGCUAACUCCAGUUUUAGUUAGGUUAGAAGAACAAAAUAAAACUGAGGCAUCUGUUAAGAUUGUGCCAAAUCAAGCAACUGUAGCAAGUUCAACAAAAAAACGAGUUCAAAUUAAACUGCAUCGAAAUACAGUACGAAAUAUUUCAGAAUAUAUUCGUCAAAUUAGACAGAAUCCACACAUUCCAUAUGAUGCUAAUCGAAAACCAAAGGCCAGUGUACUGAAGCCAAGUCUUCUUCCAAGCCCGAUAAAUCCAUUUUACAAAAGGAAAAUAAUUUAAUACCAUACAAUAGGCAAUUUGUUUUAAAUAUUUGUCUAUAUUUUGAUUUUAUACCUACAAUUUGUGGAUUUUCGAGCUUAUAAAAUAAUGUCCACAAUUUUAAGUACAUCGAAUAUUUUUAGCAUAUUUCUGUUAUGAUAUGUUUUAUAUUAUCUAAUAAUUAAAUUGUUAAUGAAUGUAUAUAAUCAUAUAA